GUUACCGGCGUACAAAGAAUGUUGAAAGCGAAGAAGGUGGAGCGCGCAGAUUUCGGCGAAAUUGGUCGAAUGAACGACCAGAGUAACCGGAGCACAUUCGAAGGCGAAGGACCCGAGCGAACCCCUCUCAGGCGCCAUUCCGAUAUUAGCGAAACGCUGCGAUGA